CUUCGGCUGAACGCCGGUCCCAGGCACAGUUAAUAAGCUGACAGAAGAGAAAAAAGUGUUUCGCACCUUCGCUCUUUUUUUUGAAGCGCAAACAGAAAGAGUCCCGGCAAUCCAACCACAGGCACUUUCUCCCGUGCAAACCGAACCUUUUUCUUGUUUGCAGAGCCAAAAAUAUCUCUUCUUUCUAUUUAACCUUUUUGAAGAUCAUUUUUGUCAUGCAAAAAUUAAAAGCCAAGUGAAUAUUAUAUCUUUCGUUAACUGCUGUUUUUAGAUAAAAGAUAAAGAAGAUCCAAAAAAACAAACAAAAGAAUCCCAUGGACAUUCCCGUAAAGCGAGAGAUCGUUGAAACUUUUGGCACGGCAGACUCGAAUCGUGGAAACGACAGCGUUCUACCAGGCCCUCCGGUGUUGAUUGAGCUUAGUAGUAGCAGUAGCAGUAGCAGUAGCAGCAGCAGUGACUCGGAUUCUGAAUCGGAUAAUGGAGCUAGGUUUUUUCCUAAUGGUGAAGGAAUUUCCAAGAAAAAGAGGAAGCUCGAAGAGUUAGGUGUGGUAUUACCUGUGGGGUUUCUAGCACCACUCAAUCAGGUUCCGGCGGAGGCGAUGCUAACGACGGUGCAGGGGAAUGACAAUGUGUGUCUUAUUGAUCAGAGUUGUAAGCAGUUUUGGAAGGCUGGAGAUUAUGAAGGUGCUCCUUGUGGUGAUUGGGAUUUAUCUACUGGUGGGAUGGAUCAUGUCAGGGUUCAUCCUAAGUUUUUACAUUCCAAUGCUACCAGUCAUAAGUGGGCUCUUGGAGCAUUUGCAGAACUUCUGGACAAUGCACUGGAUGAGGUUUGCUAUGGAGCAACUUAUGUUAACAUUGAUAUGCUUGCAAAUUGGAAGGAUGGGAGCCGAAUGUUGUUGAUUGAAGAUAAUGGUGGUGGAAUGGAUCCAGAUAAAAUGCGACAAUGCAUGUCCUUGGGGUAUUCUGCAAAAAGCAAAGUGGCUAACACCAUUGGACAGUACGGCAAUGGAUUUAAGACUAGCACCAUGAGGCUUGGAGCAGAUGUUAUCGUAUUCUCACGCUGCCCUGGGAAGGAUGGAAAAAGUCCUACGCAGAGCAUUGGAUUGCUGUCGUACACUUUUCUGAGGAGUACCGGAAAAGAAGAUAUUGUGGUCCCCAUGCUUGAUUAUGAAAGAAAAGGGCAAGAAUGGAACAAAAUGAUACGAUCAUCUAGUGGUGAUUGGAACAGAAAUGUAGAGACAAUAGUUCAGUGGUCACCAUUUUCCAGUGAGGCAGACCUCCUUCGUCAGUUUAAUCUGAUGUCGGAUCAUGGGACACGGAUAGUAAUUUACAAUCUCUGGGAGGACGAUGAAGGAUCGCUGGAGCUUGAUUUUGACACUGAUCCUCAUGAUAUCCAACUCAGAGGUGUAAAUCGAGAUGAGAAGAAUAUACAAAUGGCAAAAGAGUUUCCAAACUCCAGACACUUCUUGACUUACAGGCAUUCAUUAAGGAGUUAUGCGUCCAUUCUCUAUUUGAGACUUCCUCCUUGCUUUCGAAUCAUUCUUCGUGGAAAAGAUGUUGAGCACCAUAAUAUAGUGAACGAUAUGAUGCUGUCUCAGGAGAUCACGUACCGGCCACAGAGUGCCGAUGGAGUUGCAAAAGACUUUAACUUGAAUCAUAUGGCAGCUAUUGUGACUAUUGGCUUUGUGAAAGAUGCGAAGCAUCAUAUUGAUGUUCAGGGUUUCAAUGUUUAUCACAAAAAUCGACUCAUUAAGCCAUUUUGGAGGCUUUGGAAUGCUGCUGGAAGUGAUGGCCGUGGAGUUAUAGGUGUGCUAGAAGCUAAUUUCGUUGAACCAGCACAUGAUAAGCAGGGAUUUGAGCGUACAACAGUUCUUGCAAGACUUGAGGCUCGCCUUGUUCAGAUGCAAAAGACUUACUGGUCUACUAACUGUCACAAAAUUGGGUAUGCUCCACGCCGAAAUAAAAGAUUUAUAAAUGAGAGUACAGAUGGGGGAUCUUCUCCUGAUUAUUCACAAGUGUCUUCCCAGUCUAAGAAGUAUUCUGCUUUGAGAGGCAAGGGAUUGUCUUCACUUUCAGACAAAUUCUAUUCUCAUGCAAACCAAAAUGGAGGAAAGGGAUCAGAUACAUUUGCAAAAAAUGGAAACCCUGCUUAUGCCAAUGGACAUGUCUCCAGUAAUGGAAGUGACGGAACAAAGACAUCAACCGGAUCCGGAAGAAAAACACAUUCAAAAGCACCAUCAUCACCUUCUUUACAUGAUGUCGAUGACAACGAUGCGCAUAUUGCUCUUCCCACUAGACAAGAUGGGCUUCAUAUGGUUCGUUUAUCUUCACCCUUAGAAGAUACAACUCAGCAAGCAGUCACCAGAUCCCAGUCUAAGGCAGGUAAAGUUGAUAACAGUCAGCAUGUCCUUCCAGAAUCUGAUUUAUGCAAUAUUAACGAGCUGAAGCAAGAGAACCAGGAGCUGAGGGAAAGAUUAAAGAAAAGGGAAGCAGAGUUUCAAGGUGAAAUGAUGCAUGGAUCGAUGUGUAACAAGUGUAAAUCACUUGAGAUACAGUUACAGGAGGCACAGCAAAAAAUUGAGGAAUUGAAUAAGGAGCAAGAAAGUCUUAUUGAUAUAUUCUCAGAGGAAAGGGAUCGACGAGACAAGGAAGAAGAAAAUUUGAGGAAAAAGUACAAGGAUGCUUCUAAUACCAUCCAACAGUUGCUCGACAAGGUGAGGCUAUUGGAAAAGAUGAAAUCUCCCAACUAUAGAGCAGAAAGAUAAGAGCGCAAAUAAUUAACGUAACUUCCACGUUAUUAGUCAUGUAUAGCUUCAUUCUUUUGUUUUUUUGGGCACCCUGUUUUCCCAUGACUUGGCCAGACAAACCUUUCGGCUUCUGAAUGUUGCUAACUUAGGUGUGGAAUUGUUCGUAGUAUGUUCUCAAUCUUGACUGGGCUCUGGUCACGUGCUUUCUCCCCCUGUAAUUUCUUGCCUGAGGCUGAUAGAUAUAGCAAAGGAAAUACUGAGGCACAGCUGCUGGACCGUAAUAUGGAAUUGCAGUCUCCUGUAUAGCUUCCAAAUUUUGGAUAAAUAGCAUUCUGUAAUCUUUGUAGAUCUGUAGGUUUUAGAUUUACUAGGUGGGAGGAGACUGCAAUCUGGGAGUAGAACCUGGAGGUGUUAUUAGUAAUUUUCCUUGAAUUUGUAGAAAGUGGUAUUGUUACCACAUUUUUGUAUGUGAUUCUCUCUAAUUUAGUUUCUUAAUUCUCCUGUUUGAUACAUAUGUAUUGGAGAUCACAAAGCUAAUGUCAAUUAUCUGGGAGAAGAAGCAAAGUGUAGACAAAAUAAAGGUUCUUGCCUUUGCAUUACGAUUAUUA